UGCACCUUACGUGAACACAAGGUGUGCGUACUCGUCCGGCGUAGGUUAUUAUCUCUACAUUUGACAAAAGUUGACUUAUCUGACGUACAUUUGAAAGCAUUUCAGAUAUGUCUCUCCGUUUCAGUUCGAUUUCGAUCAAAUUUACACCAUUCGUUACUACACAUAAACAAGUUUCCAAAUUUAACCGACAUCUGCCAAAACACAUCAAACCGUCUGCAUUUUUGGAAGAGUUUCUCAGCUCGAAGGCUGUUACAAACAAGUUCUCAAAUACUAAUGAGAAAUUGAGCGGGUCUACAAGAACAUAUAUUUUACCUCAUAAUCUUACCUAUACUUCUUUAAAUGGCUAUGAAUGGUCUAGGGAAGAUAAGACCUUACAACUAGAUCAACAAAAUAUCAACCUGGAAAAACAUGGAGACAUAUUAGUUAAAUCUAAGAUAAUAUUACCUAAGGAUGUAAAAGAAUGUUCGAAUCCACAAUCAAUAUUUGCACCAAAGCAUUUUGAUGCUAUAGAUAAUGCUGAACUAUCUACUGGAGUGAUUCAACAAUCAGAUCUUUUUAAACAUUAUAAAGCUGAAGCUAUGGAAGAAGCAUAUAACAGGUUAUCCAGUGGAAUGAAAGUUCAAUAUACAUCUGAAUUUGUCAAUCAUUUUGAGAAAAAUAUGACUUUACUGUCUGAAACUAAAGAAGAUAUUCAAUCUUCAAACGAAAAUAAAUCUAGUAUAAAAUAUAAUAAGCCAACUCAAGAACAACUAGAACAUGUAUACAAUACAUUAAGAGUUGGAUUACCACAGUUAUUUACCACUCCAAUGGACUAUAGUAUUUAUAGUAAAGAACUUGUAUUUGUUAAUAAUAUUAAAGGUGUUACAACGCAGGGCGUUGGACAUUAUGCUAAGCAAAUAUCUUUAUUAAGAAUGUUUGGUCAUUUAAAAUUUGCUUACGUAAAAUUUGAAUUACUAAAAAUAACAAUACAUCCAGAAGAUGACACAAUAAAGGCUCGCUGGCGUAUAAGAGGAAUUACUGGCUUAAAAAUAUUUUUCCUAUUUUGGAGGUUUAAGUUGUGGAAAAUAUCAGAUGCUAUUGAAAAUCAAGAAGCAUGGUACGAUGGUUUUUCUACUUUUUAUCUUGAUGGGAAUGGUAAAGUGGUAAAACAUGUAGCUGAUAAAAUGAUACCGGAUCAAGAAACACGGAUUCAUAAGGACAAAACUGAAAUUGCUGCAAAAUUAGCUUUAUGUUUGGGGCUAGGAAACUCAGAAUCAUCUUCUGGCAUUUUCUCACUAUCAACAUAUUUUAAUCCAAAUGCACAAUUACAACAGGAGUGCUUUGGAACAACUACGUUAUCCCAGCAAAAAUGAAAUAAUUUAUCUCACAAUAAACCUAUAUGCAAAAACUGAUAGAUUGCAUGCACAUCAAACCUAUAAUCUAUUAUUGUCGAAUUAUCUAAAAAGAUCAAAUCGAAAUUUUACUUUUUCAAGAAUUGAAAUAUGAAUUCAACUGCUUUAUUACUCAAUUUGUUUCAAAUUACUUUUUCCUUCUUGAUUUUUUUUUUAAGUUACCAACCUUAAUAAAUGCUUCUAUUUAAGAAUGUAUCUUAUUUGAAAAGUAAAAAUAAUUCUUGUAGUUACCCUAAAGAUUAUCUUUUUUUUUUUUAUAUUAAGUAAUGUUAAAUAAUACAGCAGUUUUAAUAAAAGAUUUAUCUUUUUAAGGUUUAAAGCUGGACCCUUUUUUCUACACAUGAAAAGGUCCAAUUUAUGCAUUUCAUCUGUUGAAAAAACUAUAUGAGGUUAAGGAUAGCCAACACAAGUCAUUUUAAAUAUGUUAAUGUAUGAAUACAAUUAAUAUGCUUACUAACAAGGCUUGCAUGUAAAAAUAUAUACAUAUAAGAAGUAUUGAUAUUAGAACUUGUACCUAGAAUUCAUAAUACAAACACUGGAUAUGAAAUGGGAUUGAGUAACUUCAUCCAAAAAGUAGCAUUAUGUUUAAAAAAAAUAAUAAAAAUUCGUUGAAACAAUUGCAGAAAUA